AGACCCGAUUGCACGGCCCUGAGCCGCGCCUCCCUCCCGCCUCCCUGCAGCCCGGGGCGGCUGCGGCAGCUCGGCCCCUGGGUUAGUGUCAGCUCCGGUGCUGGAGGAAGCCGGCCAGAGCAGCGGCUUUUCCCAGUAGCACUCGCCUUGCCGAUCCGGAACGGGAGAUUCGCCGGCUAGCUCCGUGCGGGCCAGGAGUUCAGCUUCUGAUUCAGUCACUCAAGACUGAUGAGGAGAACCCUGAUUAGCUACAGCUCUGGGUGUCUUAAUCUGUAGUCUUUGAGGAGAAAGAUUUCAAGGAAUGGAGUUGGCUCACAGUUUACUGCUUAAUGAAGAGGCAUAUAACCAGCUUGGUGAAUUUCAGAAGGCAGAGUUCAUUUUUGAAUGGUUGAGAUUUCUGGAAAAACUUUUACCAGUGACUAGCAGGGCUGACGUAAGGGAAAAACAGAAGAAACUGGCUGAACAACUAAUAUCUUUGUUAAAUAGUUCACCAGGCCCUCCUACCCGAAGGCUCAUAGCCAAGAACCUAGCUAUACUUUAUAGUAUUGGAGACACUCUCUCUGUUUACCAGACAGUUGACAAAUGCAAUGAACUAAUUCGGAGCAAGGAUGAUUCACCAAGUUAUCUGCCCACAAAACUUGCUGCAGUGGUAUGCUUGGGAUAUUUGUACAAAAAACUGGGGAGAAUCUUGGGAAACAGCUUUACUGAUACUGUAGGAAAUGUACUUAAAGCAAUGAAGAAUGCAGAGUCUCAAGGUCGUUAUGAGAUAAUGCUUAGUUUGCAAAAUAUAUUGAAUGGCUUAGGAGCUGCUGCUACCCCAUGUCACAGAGAUAUUUACAAAGCUGCGCGAUCAUGCUUAACAGAUCGCUCUAUGGCAGUUCGCUGUGCUGCUGCUAAGUGUCUUCUUGAACUUCAGAAGGAGGCAGUUUUUAUGUGGAGCACAGAACUGGAUAGCGUUGCAACCUUAUGUUUUAAAUCAUUUGAUGGUUCCAAUUAUGAUGUGCGGAUAGCAGUUUCAAAGCUUUUAGGCACAGUGUUGGCUAGAGCUGUGACAUGUAAACAGGCAACAGCGUCCACCCGGCAGAAUGUUCGCAAAAUUUCUCUGGAUGAAGCCACGGAACUACUAGGAACAGGCUUUCUACGUGGGAGUUCUGGAUUUCUCCGAGCUAGUGGUGAUAUACUGAAAGGAAUCAGUUCAGUCAGCAGAGAUAUUAGAGUUGGAGUUACUCAGGCAUAUGUGGUAUUUGUCUCCACAUUAGGAGGACAGUGGCUUGAAAGGAAUUUCUCUGCCUUACUUUCCCAUAUUUUAGAUCUAGUGUCUCAGUCUCACCCUAAAGCUAUUCAGACUCAGAUGGAUGCUAUCUGCUGUCGCCGUUGUAUUUCAUUUAUCCUUCGAGCUACAGUAGGAGGUCUUCUUGGAGAAAAAGCUCAAAUUGCAGCUGCCAAAGAGAUUUGUCAAGCCAUCUGGAGGCUGAAGAAAGUUGUGGAUGUUGUAAUGAGUGACGGUAACUUGGAAACUCGGAUUGGUAUAACAGAUGUAACAGCAAGCCAACAUGUUCUUGUGUGUGCAUUACAUGAACUUGGAAGUCUCAUACAUGGUUUAGGCACUACUGCUGCACCAUUGCUACAAGAUUCCAGUACAGGGGUUCUGGAUGCAGUAAUCUCAGUUAUUCUUCAUCCCAGUAUUUCAGUUCGACUAGCAGCAGCUUGGUGUCUACGCUGCAUUGCUGUAGCAUUGCCAUCCUAUGUGUCUCCACUUUUGGAUCGCUGCAUCGAGCGGCUUAGUGCCCUUAAGACCUCCCCUGAAGCAGUGACUGGAUAUAGUUUUGCUGUUGCUGCUUUGUUGGGAGCAGUAAAACACUGCCCAUUAGGAAUUCCACAUGGAAAAGGGAAGGUAAUCAUGACAGUAGCAGAGGAUUUAUUGUGUUCUGCUUCUCAAAAUAGUCGCAUUUCAAUACAACGAACGCAGGCUGGAUGGCUGUUGGUAGCUUCUCUAAUGACAUUAGGUCCUGCUGUUGUCCAGCACUAUCUCCCAAGAAUGCUAUUAUUGUGGAAGUGUAUCUUUCCACUAUCUCCGAAAGAUCUAGAAACAGAGAGGAGUCGGGGAGAUUCAUUUACAUGGCAAGUGACAUUGGAAGGCCGUGCUGGUGCUCUUUGUGCUAUCAAAACCUUUCUCUCCUAUUGUGGUGGUCUUCUUACUACUGAUGUUAUUCAGAGACUACUUCCUCCUCUCCCAUGUGCUGUUGAUUUAUUGACACGGCUCCCUUCAAUACACAAAAUGUAUGGAAAUGCUUUAAAAACACCAUCAAUGACUUACAGGCACAGACUUUAUGAAUUAUUGGCUUUAUUGCCCCCAAAGACUUAUGAAGGAAAAUUCUGUGCUAUUCUUAAGGAGCUAGUGGCUGACUUCACUGCCACUGAUAACCAAAUGGCUGCCUCUACGUUCUUGCUUCCACCUCUCUGUCACCAGGAUGAUCUUCUUUUACUUGGUCCUUUCUUGCAGGAGACUGACCACAGAUUUAUUGAAGAGCAGCUCCUGUUAGGUAGCGGUAUAGCUGGAGGAAGCCUGGAGUAUGACCCUUACUCAAUUUAUGAGAAAGCUGCAGAAGGUGAUUCAGUGCAACCUCUACCUCCUGCACUAUCUGUUAUCAAUGCUGCAGUCCGUCUCUUUGGAGUUAUAUUUUCCCAUGUAGCAGAAUCUCAAAGGCUCCAAGUGUUAGAAAAACUGUUGGCUUCCAUAAAACAAACAAAAGGAGCACGACAGCAGACCGUACAACUAAACAUUGUAUCAGCAUUUUCUAGUUUUCUGAAGCACUUGGCUAGCUGCAAGGGAAGUUUAGGUCCCGAAGAAGUUAGAAGACCUGCACUGACUUUAGUAAUGGGUGCUUUGGAAAGCAAUAACCCGCUUUUAAGAUGUGCUGCUGCAGAAUCUCUGGCCAGACUGGCACAAGUGGUUGCUGACAGUGCCUUCACUGCUGGAUUGGCCCAACUUAGUUUUGACAAGCUGAAAUCUGCUAGGGAUGUGGUGUCAAGAACAGGACAUUCUUUGGCUCUGGGAUCACUGUAUAGAUAUUUAGGAGGAAUAGGCUCUACUCAGCACCUGAAUGCAUGUGUUGGAAUCCUUUAUACCUUAUCUCAGGACAGUACUUCUCCUGAUGUACAGACUUGGGCCCUGCAUUCUCUGUCACUGAUAAUAGAUUCAGCUGGCCCGCUAUAUCAUGUGCAUGUGGAAGCUACCCUGUCUCUUGUUGUCAUGUUGUUGUUGACUGUGCCUCCUGCUUAUGCUGAAGUUCACCAGAGCCUUGGUCGCUGUUUAAAUGCACUUAUCACUAUGUUGGGGCCAGAGCUGCAAGGCAGUAAUACUGCAGUUUCAACCUUAAGAUCUUCUUGCCUCCUGGGCUGUGCGGUGAUGCAGGAUAACCCUGACUGCCUUGUUCAGGCUCAAGCCAUCUCUUGCCUACAGCAGCUUCAUAUGUUUGCUCCACGACAUGUCAACUUGUCUAGCCUUGUAAGCAGCCUAUGUGUGAAUCUCUGUAGCUCCUACUUGUUGUUGAGACGAGCAGUACUAGCUUGUUUGCGUCAGCUAGUGCAAAGAGAAGCAGCUGAGGUAUCAGAACAUGCUGUUGCCUUUGUUAAAGACUGCAGAGAAGACUUCACUCCAGACAUUAACAUCAGAGAAGUUGGCCUGGAGGGAGCAUUGCUGAGCUUGCUGGACAAAGAAUUGGAUCAAAGACUUUGCCAAGAUAUCAGAGAGACCCUAAAUCAUAUGCUCACAUCAGUGGCAGUGGAAAAGCUCUCGUUCUGGCUGAAGCUUUGUAACGAUGUUCUUGCUGCCUCAGCUGAUUUCACCUCAGUAGCUUCAGUGGAUACUACCCAAGAAGAGGAGGGAACUAAAGAGGAUGAUGAUGUGUUAACCUCUGAAACUGAUGAGAGAUCCCACCCUUUCACUAAUCCAAAAUGGUCCACUAGAGUUUUUGCUGCAGAGUGUGUUUGUAAAAUUAUCAGCCACUGUGAAAAUGCAGGCAGGGCACAUUUUGACAUAACACUGGCUCAAGAAAGGAAACAAAGGGAUUCAAGAGAUGACUUUUUGGUAUUGCAUUUAGCUGACUUGAUCCGCAUGGCUUUCAUGGCUGCCACAGAUCACAGUGACCAGCUCCGUCUUUCUGGGCUUCAGACAUUGUUAGUUGUUGUUCGGAGGUUUGCUUCUGUUCCAGAACCAGAGUUUCCUGGUCAUGUAAUUCUGGAGCAAUAUCAAGCCAAUGUUGGAGCUGCACUUCGACCUGCGUUUGCUCCAGAAACCCCGCCUGAUGUCACAGCAAAAGCAUGUCAGGUUUGCAGUGCCUGGAUAGCAAGUGGUAUAGUCAGUGACCUUAAUGACCUUCGAAGGGUUCAUCAGUUGCUCAUAUCAUCCUUGACCAAAGUACAAGCUGGAAAAGAAGCACAAAGUCAGUUGUACAAUGAAAGUGCCUCAACUAUGGAGAUAUUGGCUGUGCUCAAAGCUUGGGCAGAGGUUUACAUAGUUGCAGUUGAAAGAGAAAAAAACCAAAGUGAUGCACACAAGCAAAUUUUGAUGAUCACAAACUCUACAGAUGAAAGCUACGGAGAUUUAACCUCAUCAGCCGAUGGACUUUUGGACCUAGUCCAGGCAGACCUUGGGAUCCUAAGCAAACUCUGGCUUGCUGCACUUCAGGAUUUUGCUCUCUUAACUUUGCCUUCAGAAUAUGCCUCUCAACUUCCAGCUGAAGGUGGUGCAUUCUAUACUGCAGAGACAAUUGAAAAUGCAAGACCACACUAUCACAACUCCUGGGCUCUAAUUCUUUACGCUACAGCAUUAUGGCUUACCAGCACAGGUUUCCUUGUGGUUGAUCCAGAUGAAGGAGUAACUAAUCUCUCUAGACCUGUCACCCCAACUACAAUGUGUCAAGAUUCCUCCUCUAGGGCUGCAGUGAAAUCUCCUGAGGAUGUGAAUACUGACAUAUUUCAUCUUAUCUUGGGAAUUAGUGUGGAAUUUCUCUGCUCACCUCGCUCAGAUUCAGCAAUGGAAAACAUUACUGCUUGCCUACAUGCUCUGCAAGCAUUUCUUGAUGUGCCUUGGCCUCGGUCUAAAAUAGGUGGUGAUCAGGAGCUUGGUGUGGAGUUGUUGAAUGUUCUGCAUCGACUGAUACUAACCAGAGAAUCGCUUGAUAUUCAGCUUGCUACUCUUGAAGUAGUCCGACAGAUUCUUUUCGCAGCUCAGGAGCAUGUGAGAGAGAAACGGAGAAGUGCAGAAGUUGAUGAUGGUGCUGCAGAAAAGGAGACCUUGCCAGAAUAUGGAGAAGGCAAAGACACAGGAGGACUGGUGCCUGGAAAGUCAUUAGUCUUUGCUACGCUGGAGUUGUGUGUUUGCAUUCUAGUCAGGCAGCUCCCCCAGCUUAACCCUAAAGUAACUGGUAGCCCUGCACUUAAAGUUGGAAAACCUCAGUUGUUGUCAGAGAGUGGAAGUAGAUUGGUGGCAGCAGCAUUAGUUAUCCUCUCUGACAUUCCGUCAGUCUGCUCUCCUGAAGGAAGUGUUUCAGUACUCCCUACUAUCCUGUACCUAAUUAUUGGAGUCCUCAGAGAAACUGCUGUGAAAUUGCCAGAUGGCCAGUUACCUUUGACAGUUGCUGCAUCUUUACAAGCUCUUAAGGGGAUAUUGUCUUCUCCUAUGGCUCAAGCAGAGAAGAGCCGAACUGCUUGGACUGAACUUCUUCGUAGUGCUUUAGUCACAGUUCUUGACUGUGGGGAUCCAGUAGAUGGAGCUCAACAAGAACUUGAUGAAGUCAGCCUGCUUACUGGCGUGACAGAGUUUAUUUUGUCUACAAGUCCAGAAGUUACUACCAUAGAGUGCCUUCAAAAGCGUUGUAUUGAGAAGUUUAAAAUAGCGCUUGAUUCAAAAGAUCCUGUAGUGCAGCUUAAGUGCUAUCAGCUGCUGCUUUCUAUCUUUAAAUAUCCCAACAGAGCUGUCUCAUAUCCUUACAUUCAUUCUUUGGCACCAUCUAUUGUGGGGAAAUUGCAGGAAACAGAAAAAACAAAGCCUGAGAAUUCUGCUGAACUUCAAGUCAUUCAGGAAGGAAUAAAGGUGGUAGCAGCUCUCAUAGCCAUUGCUGAGGAAGAGCAUCGUGCUUAUUUGGUGGCCUGCCUCCUGCCCCUCCUCAUUUCCUUUCUUUUGGAUGAGAAUUCUUUGGGGUCAGCCACAAACUCAGCAAGAAAAUCUACAUGAGUUGCUUUGCAAAACGUGAUGCAGAUUGGUCCACAGUACUCAUCAGUUUUUAAAAAAGUAAUGGCUUCAUCUCCUACUGUGAAAGCCAGGCUUGAAUCAGCUGUAAAAGGCAAUCAGGAAAGCAUUAAAGUCAAGACAACACCUAAACAGGCAAAGAAUCCUGGGAAAAGUUCAAGCAUUCAAUUAAAGACCAACUUUUUCUGAAGUGUCUUAGGCACUUGGAUAACAUUGCAAAAAAGUCCCUUUUCAUUUCUAAGUACAGUAGUCAGGAAGGGUUGGUUUCAGUUUCAGUUCAGUUUUGACUUGAAAUCCAGAUAAUUUUUUAAAAACAUUCUUUAGAGAUUUGCUUUCUAAUAAAUAUAAUUGACUUUUUACAUUUGUCUGAGCACUCGGAGUAAAACUUAUCAAAAGUAAUAUAAACUAUAUAUUUGCAUUAAUAAAAUAACAAAUCUGUGAGAACUGUGCAUUUUUUAAAUCAGUACAGACAAGAAAUAAGACUAGAUAUAUUCAGGAGCCAGCAGUUCUUAUUCAUUAAAUAAACUGAAUUAUUUUGGCAGUACAUUUAAAACAAAAGUUACUGUGAUUAUUGAUUUAUUAUUUAAUUGGGGCAUAAAUUUACUUGCUGUUCAUUGUCUUUCCUAAGUACUAAUUUAACAAGCUGGAUAUAUUAAAUGUCCUUGUAAUCCUUAAGAUUAAUUAUUGUUGAGCUGUAAUAUCCAGCUACAUUUAAGGUAAUAUUGACUGCUUUAAUUAAAUGCUAAAAACUCUUGAGCUGUCUAAGAUAUAGCAAUAUAACCCUUGCUGUUACAUCACAGCUUCACAAUGCCUUUUCACUUAGCCCCAGUUCCGCAGGAACAUGCAGUAUGGGACUAAUGUGCUUAGAGUUAAGGCCCAUGUGCAAGUGUUUGCACGACUGGUGCCUUACUGCUUGAUAUAAAGCCUCACUUUUCAGGAUAUACUUUUUGAUCUAACUUUAUAUUAUGCUAGCCAGACAGUUGAAACUUGCAUAUCCUGAAAAGGACAGCAGUUUUGAUGCACUGUGGCUCUGAUUCAGACAUCUAUCUAUCUGGCUGCAUCUAUUUCAUGAUUUUUAAAUGAUCAGGUAUCUAUACGUGACUCUCACUAAUAUACAUAUCUUUUCAAGGAAGGGUGGAAGUGUUUGAAGUCUUGUGUCAAAAUACAACAAACUCAAAGUACAAAAAUAUACUGUAUUUUUAUCAAGGAACAUAUUUUAAUAUAGAAAAAAAAUCUUAACUACUAAAAAUGCAAUGGCUAUAAAGUAUUUUCUAAUGUAUUGCCUUUUUUCUUUUGUGCCAGUAUUAGCUCAGUAAACCAAAUACUGUCAAAAUGAGUAUAGUAUUUUCUUGUUAAAAAUUAGUCAAGAAAAGAAAAGCAUCUACAGAGCUGAGAAACACACUGUGAUUCAGGAAGAGCAUGAUGUACUGUAUUUUAUUAUAAGAUUUGUAUGUAAAUACUAUUGUAAAUUGUACAGAAUUAACCAUUUGACCAAAAUUCUAACAAUUCAUUUUUCUAAUUCACAUAAAUAAUUUUCUUCAGUCAA